AUGAUUGGCUGGAGAAGAUAUUACUUGUUCGCCCUCAUUCUGAACUUGACCAGAGAUGCGUAUGAGAUCCAUUUGCUGAUGGAGAGAGAGGCAUGGAGCAGCUCAGCCAAAGGUUCCCUGUCCAGCCCCUCUCCUCUCGCCCCUACCCCAGAAAAUGGAGAAUUCUCCCUUAGCCCUUUCCCCUCCCCUGCCUCAGCUCCAGUUCCUGCCUUCCCCAUCAUAACGGCCCGCCUCAACAGGCAGCUCCGCCUCAACAGGCAGCUCCGCCACCACAGGCAGCUCCGCCUCCUGGUCAGUGUGUUGCGGAGUAACCCGCCCCUGCUCUUGGACCUUUUGAAGAACCUGUGCGACGUCUUCAUCCCAUUGGACCUGCUCGCUCUCUACCCAGCUGGGACGGGAUUUGUGGGUGCCUGUGGCCUGGCUUCCUCCAUCCUCACCAUCCUUACGAUCAUCCACCCUUGGCUAAAGCUCAAGCCCUGA